AUGUGGUAUUUAUGGUUUUUUGUCCUUGAAUCAGUUGUCAUAGUAAUAGGAAAUGUUACUGUCUUGGUUGCCUUUACUCGUACACCCGCACUGCGCAAGCGCAAGCAUUUCCUACUGGUGAGUCUGGCGGAGGCUGAUCUCUUCGUGGGAGUUACCUCGGUGCCAAUGUAUCUAACAUUGUCCUUACUGAAACAUACAAGUAUCACAACAACUAUAUUGGAUAUCCAAGAUAUUUUAUUUGCAGUGGCAUCGUUGUUUGGUUUGGCAGCCGUGGCCAUUGAACGAGCGUAUGCCGUAUAUUUCCCGUUCAAACACCUUACACUUAGGAAAAGCGCGUACAUGAUCAGUAUAGCAGUGAUAUGGAUGAUGGCGGCCUUUYUUGCAGUUUUUAUUUCAUUUCUUCGCGGACCAUUAAUGAUUUGUGCCGUAACUGUGCCAAUUUUAGGGUCUCUUGCCGUUCUCAUUAACUCAUAUUUUCUUAUAUGGGUUAAGAUAAAUUGCAUGACAAGUGUACAAGAUCACCCAAUCCACGAACGUGACAAGAGGCUGACGGUCACGCUUUUGAUUAUCACGGUCAUCAGCUCGAUCGCUUGGUUUCCCUUUCAAGCUCUUAUAGGUUAUGCAAGUCUUUGUCGAAAAUGUCACUAUAGCCGUCACAUCGUGUAUGGAUCUAAAUUCCAUCAUUAAAGCAACUCCCUCGUUAAUCCUAUCAUAUACGCA